ACGACGCUGCCGGGGUUUCCGGGGGAGAUGGAGGGCCCCCUGUUCGAAGGGGAGAGGGUCGCUUGGGGACAUGUACAGCACUCCGUUCCACUGCGCUGAGAUGUAGUAUGAAUGCUGAUGAUACGAAAGAUCACCUGCGGCGGCACGGCAGCAAACCUCGAAGGAAUCUGGGCCGCGCGAAACCUCAAGUUCUACCCGCUGGCGAUCCUGAACGCCAUGGCGCCCGGCGAGGACCUCGAGUUCAUCGCGCCGACGUUCAUGGUGACCACGUGCAAGGAUCCGGACCACCCGGUGCUCUUCUCCAAGCUCACGACGUGGGAGCUGCUUAACCUGACGCCCGACGAGGUCCUCGACAUCCCCGACAAGCUGUACCGCGCCUAUGGCAUCUCAUCAGCGUAUCUCCAGAAAAUCAUGAAGAAACACAGUAUCCAGUCCGUAGGCAAGGACGAGAUCGAGCGGCAGUACGGUAUCAAGCCCAUGCACUGGAUGGUCUCGGCUACGAAUCACUAUUCGUGGCCGAAGGGUUGCGCGCUCACUGGCAUCGGAAGCAGGAACAUGAUCGGUGUUAGGAUCGAUAACGAGGCUUGUCUGGACUUGGCGCAUCUCAGAGAGAUAUUGGAAGAGCAUGUCGAGAAUGAAGUGGGAGUCUAUGCCGUCACCGCCAUCAUCGGGUCCACCGAAGAAGGUGCGGUCGAUAACCUCAAGGGAAUCCUGGCGCUCCGAUCAGAGUUCCAGAAGAAGGGCUUGUCGUUCGUUCUCCAUGUGGAUGCUGCCUGGGGUGGUUACUUUGCUUCCAUGGUUCCUCACAAGGAGGAACGGGACGUGGGACUCGUUGCCAGUCAUCGGCUCAGAGCUCAUGUCGAGGAGGCUUAUAGACAUAUCAAGUUUGCAGAUAGCGUCACUAUCGACCCGCAUAAGAGCGGAUAUGUGCCGUACCCGGCAGGUGCUCUGUGCUAUAGGGACGGAAGGAUGAGGUAUCUAGUGACUUGGACCAGUCCUUAUAUCGCUCGGGAACAUCAGCCGGAGAGUAUUGGAGUGUUUGGUGUUGAAGGCAGCAAGCCCGGUGCGGCAGCUGUCGCUACCUGGCUGUCCAAUUCAGUCAUCGGGAUGCGCGGUGAUGGAUAUGGAGUGCUUCUAGGAGAAGCCUCCUUUUCUUGCAGCAGGCUCUCGGCUCACUGGGCAGCCAUGUCCACCGAUGACGACGUCUUCAAAGUCGUCCCCUUCAACCUGCUCCCAUCGGAGCGGAAAGCAGGCUGUACACCAGCCGACAUCGAAGCUGAGCGCAAAUUUAUCCGCGAGCACAUCCUCCCCCUGCAGAACAUUGACCUCCUCUCCGACCCGAAGGCCCUCGGGCUCCUCCGCGAGCUCGGCUCAGACCUGAUCAUCAACUGCUUCGCCGUCAACUUCCGCCUCUCAAACGGCGAAUGGAACACCUCCGUCGAAGAGGCCAACUACCUCAACAAGCGCAUCGUCAAGCGCCUGUCCUACGUAGAUCCAAAGCAGGAUCUAAGCAGCGUCGAGUUCUUCCUGACAUCCACGGAGUUCGGCCACGAGUACGGCGACUGCGCCAAAAACUUCAAGCGGCGGCUCGGGCUUGACGUGAACGACGAUGCGGACCUCUUCGUGCUGCGCAACGUGGUGAUGAGUCCGUUCCCGACGGCUGGGAACUUCGUCACCAUGCUCGCGGACAUCUUCAGGAAGAUCGUGGAGGAGGAGGUCAAAGUCUGCCAGCUGCGCAACUCGAUCGAUCCUGCCAUCCACCGUUUCACCAUCCAGGGCACCAGUAGCGACGGAAAGGUAUUCCUCGCCUACGAGCCGUUCUUCCACGAGGCCGACUGCCUGACGCAGCUGAUCGUGUCGGCGGACAUGGCGCCUGCCGCGCUGUCCGCAUACCUAGACCGCCGCUCAACGACAACCCGAUAUGCCACCUUCCACGUGGCAACCACCGAGAAGGUCCGGCUAUCCGACAUCCUGUCUGCCGGGCACUUCAGCGGCACAAUGUACAAGGCCGACGUAACCAAAGACCUGUGGACCUUCCCGUCCGCCAAUUUUCAAAACGUCCGCAUCAUCAAGAACCGCUCGCUCUCGGACCGAUGCCAGGACGUCACCUACCCAGUCUCAUACACGCCAUUCUACCUGUACGGUACCGCCGCAGCAGGGGACCAACACAUCUCGCACGUCCUAACCCGCGCGCCCAACGCCAUGUUCCUAGCGGACAACAUCGCGCUAUCACUCUCAACACCACUGUCCUCCCUCGCCUCCGAGCUAUCAAACGGCUGCAUCCUAACCGCCACCACGAUAUUCGAGCAGUCGCGCCAACCGUUCUCGCCCGCGACAACGAACGCCCCGCACCCGGCGGACCCGGCGUUCUUUUUCCUGCCGGACCGCACGCUGGAGGUGAGCGUCUACGCGGAUCCGAACGGGCCGGAGGCCAGCGGACCCGGGCUGCUCGCGGACCUGGAGCUGGAUAAGCCCCUGGCAACGGGGACUAUGACGCUCGCCGGAAGCGUCUAUGUCGACGCGAAGCAUAUCAACGAGGACGGACUGGAUGGGCUGUUGUGGAAUGGCUCUGGCUGGGAGGCGCCGGAGAAAGAGACGUCGGAGAAAGAGACGCCGGCUGCUGGCUGCCCGGGUAUGGGCGCUGGAGGAGUGGGGGGAGGGAUUGGCAUCGGUAUUGGAUUGAGUGGGCACGGGAUACAGGUUUCUGCUGGGGUGGAGGCGGGGCAGGGUGGGGUGGAGCACCAUUUGGCGGUCAAGGCUGGGCUGAGAAGGGUCCCGGCGAGGAGGGGGCUGCUCGGUUUGUGGAAGGAUGAGGUCCAUGGAGCUCUUGGUCAGCGUUGAGGUUGUUAGGGCUUGGGUCGUUCCUGCCUUAUAAAAAAUGAACGUACGAUACCUUGCGUGGUCAGGAUGAAUUCACCUUGUAUCUCGCAAAACCUACGUUUGCCCGUGGCAUUACACCAGCUGGGUCCGUUAGACAUAUAGGCACAUCUAUCGCAAUGACCAGAGAA